AUGAGAAGACCCCUCUUUGAGCGUAUUGUCCAUGCAUUGGGCGAGUGGUCUCCAGAGUUCACACAAAGGAGAGAUGCUCUUGACCGUGAAGGUCUCUCUCCUUUGCAGAAAUGUACAUCGGCUAUUCGUCAAUUGGCAUAUGGUACUCCGGCGGACAUUCUCGAUGAGUACCUCAAGAUUGCCGAGUGCACUUCAGUUAAGUGCUUGAAGCUGUUUGUACAAGGGGUGAUUCACAUAUUCGGUGAUGAGUAUAUGCGAAGACCCAAUGUUGAUGAUGUGCAACGCUUACUUGAUAAUGGCGAGAGUCGUGGGUUUCCAGGCAUGCUAGGAAGCCUCGAUUGUAUGCACUGGCAAUGGGAGAGAUGUCCCAUGGCUUGGAAGGGUCAAUUCACCCGUGGUGAUAAAGGCGUUCCCACUCUUAUUCUAGAGGCAGUUGCUUCACAUAAUCUUUGGAUAUGGCAUGCUUUCUUUGGUGUUGCUGGAUCAAACAACGAUAUCAAUGUGCUUAAUCAGUCGAAGUUGUUUGUUGAGCAACUGAAAGGGCAAGCUCCUCAGGUGAGCUAUCGUGUCAACGAUAAGGAGUACCAACAUGGAUAUUACCUCGUGGAUGGAAUAUACCCCGAGUGGGCGGCAUUCAUGAAGUCAAUACCGAUGGCACAAACUGAAAAGCACAAGUUAUUUGCCGCAUGUCAAGAAUCGGUAAGGAAGGAUGUGGAACGCGCAUUUGGUGUGCUCCAGGCACGCUGGACCAUUCUACGCCGUCCGACACGUUUAUAUGAACGGGGCGAUAUCCACAAUAUUAUGACAGCUUGCAUCAUUCUACACAACAUGAUAGUCGAGGACGAAAAAGAAGAGGCGAGCAAUAUUGUUGAUUUGAAUGAGGAAGCAGGCUCAUCUAUUGCCUUUCCAUCGAUAUUUGUUCACGGUGACAUGCCUGUAUUUGCCGAGGUACUGGAAAGAGAUGCUAGAAUCCAGGAUCGUCCAAGACAUAGAGCUCUAAAAAAUGAUUUGAUUGAGCAUAUUUGGAAAAAGUUUAGGACGCGGUAGAUUAUUUCCGUGUCUUGAUCCAUGUAAUGCUAAAUAUGUUUUAUAUAUUUUAAUAUUAUUAUAUUGGCACUUUA